GGCUUCCCCGUGCUGACUGUCGCCGCCUGUCAUACACUUGGAUACUCGAUGACGGACUGAAGUUCACAGUACCGUGCAGCCUUUCGGAGCGCCUAGUUCAAAUCUAGAAAGAGCAGAAGGCGGACACAAGCGACCUUCAACUAAGGUUCACUCGACACCAUCACGAGAAGAGAAAGUCGGGGCUCUUCGGCGCGGAGGACGAGCUCAUCAUGCAGCAGCUCACCACAGUGUGGCAGCCGGAGGCGAUUCGGACUCACUCGACGGGAACAGACGGGGACUGGCGGGCAAGCGAGAGCGACCGUGCGAGCGCAGAAGUGAUGGAGCAACGCGGAGAUCGAAGUCCACUUGUAAACGCUUCCCAAGGAUCACAAGAAAUAAAACACUUCAUUCAGGAGAUCCUGCAGUCAAGUGGUGAAACUCUGCAGUCAUCUACAGACACUGGAACUGUGAAAACUGAAGAUGGAAAGCCCAGUCAGAUACCUACUUACAUUAAACAAGAAGACAUGGCCGAAAGGUUGUACUCCGGCACUGAACAGGAAUGUGUAACUGUGAAAGUGGAGGAAGAGCAGCAGUGCGUCACUAAACAGGAGCUCUCAGAUGUGGAUUUCCCUUCUGCUCUUAAAACGGAGAUGUUUCCUUCAGGGUGUAUAGAUGAAGGUGCGUUGAAUGAUACUGAAUGUAAGGAAAGCCAUCUGGAAGGUAGUCUGUAUGUGACUCAGCAAGAGAGCGAGCUGGAAGGCGAGGAGAAAUUUGGAAAGAUCUUGAGCAGGAGUACAGAAAAGAGAGACGGUGAAAGUUCUACAACCUCCAGUAAAUUGCAAAACUUUUUAUACCAAAGUGCUGAUUGUGAAAACUCUUUGCAACAGAAUACACGUCCCAGUGCCCUUCCAAGAAAUAGCAUGGUAGAAAAACCAUUCCAGUGUGUCGAUUGUGGGAAGCAUUUCAGAAAUCGUUCAAACUUCAAACGUCAUCAGAGAAUUCACACGGGAGAAAAACCUUAUCAGUGUAUGGAGUGCGGAAAGACAUUUACACAGACUACAAAUCUUCAACAGCACCAGAGGAUUCACACGGGGGAAAAGCCAUACCAGUGUGCCGAAUGUGGGAAGACAUUUAGACAGGCUACCGGUCUAAAACAACACCAGAGAACACACAUAAGAAAAAUAUUGUACCAGUGCGCUCGAUGUGGAAAGACAUUCAGCCAGACUUUGGAUGUUCAGCCUCGCGAGAGUUUGCCGGGUUACAAUGACAGUAAGCAGAUCCAUUUGGAAGGGACCCUGGAAAGAACUCUGUCCAUCACUCAACAGGAACGCAAGUCUGAGGAUACAAAUAGUGAGAAAUUAAAAACAAUGUUCAAUCAGGACACAAGUGCAGAAAAGACGCACCUGGUCAAUGCUGUAGGACGCCUGCAAAGCAAUGAUGAAAGCUCUAUCCCAUCUUUCAGCAAUAUCCCGCAACUUCUAUACCAAUGUCCUGAAUGUGAAAAGUCGCCCACGCAGAGCUCAGUUGUUCUGCAACAUCAGAGGAUUGACCAAGGAGGGAAAAUGUAUGAAUGUAAUUAUUGCGGAAAGAAUUUUAAGCAGAGUACACACCUUACACGUCAUCGCAGAAUUCACACAGGAGAAAAACCGUACCAGUGCACUGAAUGUGGAAAGAAUUUCAGGGCCAGUAGUGCCCUUCGCCAACACCAGAGAAUUCAUACAGGAGAAAAACCGUACCACUGUACCGAAUGCGAAAAGACGUUCACGCGGCGGGCCACUCUGAGACAACACUUGAACCUGCACAGAGGAAUACGAGAGGAAGUUAACCAUCGAGGAAAAACUUACCCAUGUACUGAAUGCGGAAAGAGCUUUAGGCGAAAUAUAGACCUUCGACAUCAUUUGAGAAUUCAUACUGGAGAAAAACCAUACCCCUGUACCGAAUGUGGAAAAAGUUUCAGAUGCAGUAGUGCACUUCGACAACACGAGAAAAUUCAUACAGGUCAAAAGCCGUUUCAGUGCACUGAAUGCGAAAAGACGUUCACACGACGCGCCACCCUUAGGCAGCACUUGCGCAUACACAAAAGAACACACGAAGAUGUUAACCAUCGAGAAAAGCCGUACUCUUGUACUUUAUGUCCAAAGAGUUUUAGACGACACUUGCACCUUCGAUAUCAUCAGAGAGUUCAUACUGGAGAAAAACCGUACCAGUGUACUGAAUGUAAAAAGAGGUUUUCCCAGGUUACAACUCUUAAACUCCACCAGAGGAUUCAUACUGGAGAAAAACCUUACCAGUGUGCUGAAUGUGGGAAGAAGUUCCAUCUGUCUGGACACCUUAAAGUCCACGAGAGAAUUCAUACAGGAGAAAAACCUUACCAAUGUACGGAAUGUGGGAAGACUUUUACACGGGCUAUCCAUGUUAAAUACCACCAGAGGAUUCACACAGGAGAGAAGCCAUACCAAUGCAUGGAAUGUGGGAGGUCUUUUAAUCGGAAUACAACCCUUAAGUUUCACCAGAGAAUGCACACCGGUGAAAAGCCAUUUCAGUGUACUCAGUGCGGGAAGACUUUCACCCGGGGUACAAACCUUAAAUUCCACCAGAGAAUUCACACUGGAGAAAAGCCGUUUCAGUGUACUGAAUGUGGAAAGGCUUUCAGCCGGGCUUCGGACCUUAAAUUCCACCAGAGAGUUCACACAGGAGAAAAACCGUUCCAGUGCACUGAAUGCGGAAAGUGCUUCAGCCUCUCUAAAAGCCUUAAAUCCCAUCAGAGAAUCCACACAGGUGAAAAACCAAACAAAUGUACGGUAUGUAAGAAAACAUUCAAACGUGACAGGAGCCUCAGAGAUCACCUGAGAAUUCACACUGGAGAGAAACCCUACCAAUGCGCUGAAUGUGGAAUGAGUUUCGGACGGUGUUCACACCUCAAACAGCAUCAGAGGAUUCAUACGGGUGAAAAACCUUACCACUGUACUGUGUGCGGCAAGACUUUCAGCCAAGCCGCGCACAUUAAAUAUCAUCAGAAAAUCCACACGGGAGAAAAACCAUACCAAUGUACUGCAUGUGGGAAGACGUUCAGAGAGGUGACAGGUCUUAGAAGACAUCAGAGAAUCCAUACGGGAGAAAAACCAUACCAGUGUACUGAAUGCGGAAAGAGUUUCACUUGGGCUUCAAACUUAGAACUCCAUCAAACAAUUCACACAGGUGAAAGACCGUACCACUGUACUGAAUGUGGAAAGACCUUCAGGGAGAUUACAGGACUUCGACAACAUCAGACAGUCCACACAAGAGAUACUCCAUACCAGUGUACUGAAUGUGGGAAGAAUUUCAACUGGGCUGUCAGCCUGAAAGUCCACCAGAGAAUUCAUACUGGAGAAAAGCCAUACCAGUGUAAUGAAUGUGGAAAGGCCUUUACCCAAGCUUCGGUACUUAAACGACACGAGAGAAUUCACACUGGAGAAAAACCAUACCAAUGCCCUGAAUGUGGAAAGACUUUUAAUAAAAUGUUCAACCUCAAGUGUCACAGGAUAAUUCACACUCAGAAAAAACCGUACCAGUGUACUGAAUGCGAAAAGAGUUUCAGCUGGGCAUCAAGCCUCCGAGAUCACAAGAUAGUUCACACAGGAGAAAAGCCGUACCACUGUACCGACUGUGGAAAGUCAUUCCGCUGGUCUUCAAACCUUAGGCAUCACCAGAGAACUCAUACAGGGGAACUUUUUGCUCUGGAUACACCAAAGUCGCCAGACUCUUCCACUGGAAACUUUGAAAAAAAUACAAUCUGCCGGUACGAGAGUGACACAGGGGCCACAAGUCAGAAAGAAUGAUGGAGAAAAAUGGAGAAUUAACAGGUACUGAUUGGGAAAUACCCAUCUCUAAAGAGCAGCAAACUGAUGCCAGCAAACCAAUGGGUUUGCAUUAAUGGGCACCAACAGACUCUGGUUAAUUGAGGUAUCAGUCCCAAAUGAUUACUUAAAAAUCAGAAUGACAAGAACAGACAGUAAGUAAAUAUUAAGAAAUAUGGAAUAAAGGAAGUGAAAGUAAUUUGAUUGUUCUUGGAUUCACAGAACUAGCAAGAAAAACUUUCUAUGCCCUUCUGGACCCUGACAAUUACCAGCACCCUGAUGCUCAGCUACAAAAGGAGGAAUAUCUGGAGUAAUACAGGUAUAACACAGAGCCUCCAUCAUUAAUUUGAGUGCUAACAACACAAUUCACUCAUGAGGUGGUGGAGCAGAACCAAAGCCUUACAGAAAAAUGUAUCUCAUCGAAAAAUUGAAUGCGUGUUCAAGCCAUGGCAAAAUCCCAGGAGAACACCCAAGAAUUCAUAGCUGAAGCUCAGUUGGUGGCGUAAAGUGUUGUUAUCCCAGAGCCUCACUAAGCCACCUGACUAGGUGAGGUUUGCAAAAUUUUUGCUU